AUGUCGCAAUAUAUUGGUAAGACUAUUGCUCUUAUUUCGAAUACUGAUAACCGUUAUGUCGGCUUAUUGGAGUCUAUUGACUCUGAGAAAGGUGUUGUUACUUUAAGACAAGUUCGUUGUUUCGGUACAGAGGGACGCAAGGGAUGGGGCCCGGAAGAAAUCUAUCCCAACCCUAAUAUCUACGAUACGGUGCCUUUCAACGGUAAUGACGUUAAGGAUUUAAACAUUUUAGACGUUCCUUUGGAACAAGUACAACCUGUAUUGCCACCUCAGGUAAGCGGUCAACCACCAGCUCCGUUGGCUAAUGCAAAUGGGCCCAACGUUCCUGCUGCGGUGGCCGGGUAUGGUGUGUACGCUCCAGACAAGGAUCAGCAGCAAGUUCCCCAACAACACCAGCAAAAACAGCAGCAGCAAAGACAGCAGACCCGCCAACAGCCUGUUACCGAAAAGAAAGUUCCUAACCAGCAACAGCAGAAGUCUGCGGCUCCUGCUGCUCCUGUGGCUGCGGUGGCUCCUUCUGCUGUUCCAGAUUCUGAAUUUGAUUUCGAAAGUAACAACGCCAAAUUCCAGAAUGCUGAAAAGCCCAGAGAAUCAGAUAUAGAACAAGAGAAGCAAACCUCCAAGACAGAUGAGAUUUUCUACGAUAAAAAAUCCUCAUUCUUUGAUUCCAUUUCAAGUUCCGCCGUAGAAAACUCGUCUUCUGCCAAAUGGGAAGAGGAACGCCAGGUCAACUUGGAUACUUUCGGUCAAGCCAGACCAAGAAACAAUGGUCGUGGCGGCUUCAGAGGUCGUGGUGGAUAUAGAGGUAACCGUGGCGGUAACCGCGGUGGCUUCCGUGGUGGAAAUCGUAAUGCUGCCAACAAGCCACCAGUCCAUGAUGUUGAAUCUUAA